GUGAGAGACUGUGUUAUUAUUAUUUGUUUAUUUAGCAGACGCCUUUAUCCAAGGCGACUUACAGAGACUCGGGUGUGUGAACUAUGCAUCAGCUGCAGAGUCACUUACAACUACGUCUCACCCGUAAGAUGGCGCACAAGGAGGUUAAGUGACUUGCUCAGGGUCACACAAUGAGUCAGUGGCUGAGUGAGUCCCAUAUUACUAGCAGGACUGCAGGAUGGCAGAAGCACAUCAGGCAGUCGCCUUCCAGUUCACUGUAACGCCAGAUGGAAUCGACUUCCACUUGAGCCGCGAGGCGCUUAAAAACAUUUACCUUUCUGGAAUAACCUCAUGGAGAAAACGCCUAAUCAGAUAUAAGAAUGGUGUUCUGACUGGGGUUUACCCUGCAAGCCCCUCAAGCUGGCUUAUUGUCGUCAUUGCUAUCAUGAGUACAAUGUAUGCAAGAAUAGACCCCUCCAUGGGAAUGAUUGAUUGCAUCAAAAAAACUCUGCCAGUGAAUGGCUAUCUGGCUGUUCAAACCCAGACUGUUCUGAGUGCCAUGCUGUUUGCUACAGGCCUAUGGGUGUCCCUGAUCCUGGUUCUCCGCUACAUACUCAAAAUGCUGCUUUCUUACCAUGGCUGGAUGUUUGAGCCGCAUGGAAGAAUGAGUAGGACUACCAAGAUCUGGGCAACCCUUGUGAAGAUGUUUUCUGGACGCAGGCCCUUGCUGUACAGUUUCCAGGCCUCUCUGCCACGUCUGCCGGUGCCUGGAGUUGAUGACACCAUCAAGAGGUACCUAGAGUCAGUUCGCCCCCUAUUGGAUGAUGAGCAGUAUAACAGGAUGGAAAGUUUGGCAAAUGAGUUUAAAAAAGACCCGGCCCCCAAACUACAAAAAUACCUGAUCCUGAAAUCCUGGUGGGCAACUAACUAUGUGAGUGAUUGGUGGGAGGAGUAUAUUUACCUGAGAGGCCGGAGCCCUAUCAUGGUGAACAGCAACUUUUACGCCAUGGACCUUCUAUAUGUGACUCCAACUCACCGGCAAGCUGCCCGGGCUGGCAACGCAGUCCAUGCCAUGCUGAUCUACCGUCGGAAAUUAGACCGCGAGGAACACAGUCCGAUGAGAGCAUUAGGCAUUGUUCCCAUGUGCUCCUAUCAGAUGGAAAGGAUGUUCAACACUACCAGGAUCCCAGGCAUUGAGACCGAUUUUAUUCAGCAUUUAAAGGACAGCAAGCACAUGGUGGUGUACCACAAGGGCCGCUUCUACAAGGUGUGGCUCCAUCAUGGGGGCCGGCACCUCCAACCCUGCGAAUUGGAGAUGCAGUUCCAGAAGAUCCUGGAUGAUAAAACAGAGCCACAGCCUGGGGAACUCAAGCUGGCUGCACUGACCGCAGGUGAACGGAUUCCUUGGGCCAGAGCUCGUGUCAAGUUCUUUAGUCAGGGGAUUAACAAGGUCUCUCUUGACGCCAUUGAGAAAGCAGCCAUAUUCAUGACUCUGGAUGAAGAGGAGCAAGGCUAUGACAAAGAGAAGCUAAGAUCCAUUGACUCCUAUGCAAAAUCUCUGUUACAUGGGAAAUGCUACAACAGGUGGUUUGAUAAGUCUUUUAACCUGAUUGCCUAUAAGAAUGGGAAGCUGGGAGUUAAUGCAGAGCAUUCCUGGGCUGAUGCACCAAUUGUUGGACACAUGUGGGAGUUUGUUUUAUCAACAGAUCAUUUUCAGUUGGGAUACACUGAAGAGGGACACUGCAAAGGAGACAUGAACAAGAUGCUAUCCCCCCCAAGCAAGCUGAAGUGGGAUAUUCCACAAGAGUGCCAGGAUAUUACUGAGAGUUCCUACAAGAUGGCCAAAGUGAUUGCAGAUGACGUUGAUUUCCACGGCUGUCUGUUUGAUGACUUUGGAAAAGGCCUGAUUAAAAAAUGCAGAACAAGUCCUGACGCCUUUAUACAGAUUGCUCUACAACUGGCACAUUUCAGGGAUAAGGGAGAGUUCUGCCUGACAUAUGAAGCUUCAAUGACCCGUUUGUUCCGGGAAGGUCGAACAGAAACUGUGCGCUCCUGCACCAUUGAAUCAACAGCAUUUGUUCAUGCCAUGGAGAAUCCAGAUAAAACAAAUGAAGAGAGACUGCAGCUGUUCCACGUGGCUGCUGAGAAACAUCAGAACAUGUACCGACUGGCAAUGACUGGAGCGGGCAUUGAUCGGCACCUUUUCUGUCUCUAUGUUGUGUCCAAAUACCUGGGAAUUGACUCCCCAUUCCUCAAACAGGUGCUGUCUGAACCCUGGCGGCUGUCCACAAGCCAGACUCCUCAGCAGCAGCUCAACAUGAUUGAUUUGAAUAAAUAUCCUCAGUACAUCAGUGCUGGAGGAGGAUUUGGACCAGUAGCAGAUGAUGGAUAUGGUGUGUCGUAUAUCAUCGUAGGAGAAGAUUUAAUCACUUUCCAUAUUUCCAGCAAAUUCUCCAGUCCUGAAACUGACUCCUAUCGCUUUGGGCAGAACAUUCGUCAAGCGAUGCUGGAUAUCAAAGCUCUAUUCAACACUAAGAAAGAUAAGAAGAUGUAAGAACCAUAUAGGGAAGCAUACAAAAUGAAAUGGUUUGUUAUUCCCCAAAAGGUGAUACAUCACCACUGUACAGAAGUGUGGUUAGAAAAACUUUAGUACGCUUAGUUUAUAUGUACAAUCCCAAAUGGUGUCCAAACACAGUUAUACAUACUAAGUAAUAUUGUACAGAAUGUAUUUUUAAACAGACACAUGAGAUCAAAGUGUUAUGUGUGCUAUAUGGGUUUCAGGUAUCUGGAGUACAGUUAUUCCUAAGUGUGUAUUCUACUGUACUUUAUACAAUACAGGUUUACCGAAAUGGUGCAGAUAUUAUUAGUUAAUUUCAACAGUUUGAAACAGUGUGAAUUCAUGUCACCUGAUAUAAUAUUUACUGUUUGUUUAAUGAAUGGUGCAUACUACAUAUAUAACAUUGUAUUUAAGGUAUUUAAGGGAAACUUAAUGUCAAAGACGUUUGUGAAGGAAGCACCUUUUAUCUACGUUUCUGAUUAAUUUAAUGCAAAUAUGAAUAAAGAUGAUUUGCAGAUGUAAGGAUGCAAUGCUAACUGUGUUUCCUGCCAGGAUGCUCCGACAUGUUUAUUUAUCUAGGCUUUUGUGCCUGUUUAAUGAAUACCAGGAACUUUGACAAAAUGAAUUUGCUUUUCAAAAGCAAUGUGCAACUGUUUUGUGUUUUUGUUAACAUUUUGUAAAUUUAAUUAUUUAAAUUACAUUGUUUGUUUGAAUAAAAACCAUGGUCUUUAAUGGUA